CACGUUCCCGAGUCCCCGCGUCCCACGUCCCUGCGUCUUACGUCCCCGAGUCCCGAUUCCCGCGUCCAGCGUCCUACGUCUCCGAGUCCCAGUCCCACGUCCCAGUCCCACGUCCCAGUCCCACGUCCCCAUCCCACUUUUAGUCACAGCCCUCUCCCCUCUGCUGUCACAGCCGAUUUGAAAAGACUGCAGCUCUUAACCCUUUACUCCCAUGAGUGACUGAGACAGAAUCUCUACUUACGAUAUCAAUACACUAUCAACCAGUUAUCCGUCUCAAUCUCGUCUAGAUGAUAGCCAUCAGGGCCUGUCUUGUAAAGAGAAAGUUUCAGUAUUCGUUAUUUUUCGUUCAUAAACGAUUAUUUUUAGGUUUUUCUAGCCUUUCGAACAGAAAAGAGUUGAGCGUUUUACCCUUUACCGUUGCACACUCAUCGAUCUAGUUUAUGGCGAUGUAACCUCGGCGUUUCUGAUGUGUUCAAGGCCUUAAAUUUUCAAAUUAUGAAGUCGAUUUCAAAAACGGCUGGCCUAGCGUAUGGUUUACAGCCGUUUCAGUGAAAAAAAUCUAGGAAGGCGCUAUCCUUUGUUGAAAUAAAAAUGGCGAAUCGUCGAUCUUCAACACGUGAUGUGUCGCUUCAAAGGGAGAUUUUGAAGGAAAAGAAAAUGUUCGCUUUCAUUUCUGUGUCAUUUGUGUCGCUUUCUCGGCGCUUAAGUGUUAAAAGCCAUGUUUCACUUCUUGCUGUCUCAGAUCAUCUCGUCUAAGAGUAGCAAAUCCAAGACGCAACAAUGGCAAAGGAAAAGACUCAUAUCAACAUCGUUGUCAUCGGUCACGUAGAUUCUGGAAAAUCUACUACCACUGGGCAUUUGAUCUACAAAUGCGGUGGAAUCGAUAAACGAACCAUCGAAAAGUUCAAGAAGGAAGCCAACGAGGUGAGUUUCAGUAACGUUCCUUGUAAUCAUAACUCCAAAAGAGGAAGAAGGAAAAAAAUAAAAAAGGAAAAAAGUUUGUGAUGGCCAUUUUCGGCUAAAAUAUGGGAACUGCGUAUUAAUUUGUUUUCCCCAGCAGAAAAUUUCAAUUUGUCGCUUACGAUGGCCUUGCCCAUUGAAAUAAGAUCAAGUGCAUUUGUCUUCCCAAGAUAAGAUUAAAAUCAGUAAAAGUUCGCUCUGACAAAUAUAGUGGGCUGAGAAUUUGAAAGCUGAAAAUUUUGGACUUGGUAAGUGUCCUGAUAAGUUCCCUCCCUCCCUAUUGGGCCUUAUUGUCUUCUUGGGAGGGGAAGUUACAAUUACUCUUUGAUCUGAGUUAAAUGGGGCAAUCAUCUCAUUAUGUAAUUGAGAGUGGGCACAGAGAGUGAGUAAGUUAAGCUGAAGCUUAUUGGAAAUCUGGGCUUAUUUGUAAAUAUCAGUGUGAUGGAGUAUGCUAUGGAACUUGCUGGCUAUGCCUAUGAUAAUAAAGUUCACCUUCUUAAGGUUAGAGUGGAUUGUUGAGCACUUAAAUUCUGAUGUAAAGGGGGAGGGGGAUAUUAGACCAUUCACUGUGAGUCAAUUUGCUUAUUGUACCUCAACCUCUUAAGACAUCCAAAAGAGAAAUGUUAGGGAAGACCAUAUAUGAUUCAAUGUACUUCUUUACUUUUAAACAUUAGAUGGGAAAAGGCUCCUUCAAGUAUGCCUGGGUGCUGGAUAAGCUCAAGGCUGAGCGUGAGCAUGGCAUCACCAUUGAUAUUGCCCUCUGGAAAUUUGAAACUGAAAAGUAUUAUGUCACCGUCAUUGAUGCCCCAGGACAUCGUGACUUCAUCAAGAACAUGAUUACCGGUACUUCACAGGUAAGGCUUGCUUUUUUACUAACUAGCUUGCCCAUAACAGAAAAAGACUGUGUGUGGUAUAUCUAGGAUACAUGAGAUCUGGUAGAACAGAUUUUUGUUGGAUUUGAUCAACUUGCUUUAAACAAGAAUGUAGGGUGUUGGCAAAUGAUGGUGGGAUUUCUGAGAAACAGAAGAAAGUAGGACAACAUUUUACAUCCAAGUCUUGUCCCAUUGUCUCCUUGGAAUUUCGGAGCCUUUUGUGCUCUAUGUUGUGCAAAGGAAGGGGAUGGGUACAGUCUUGGCCUUUUAUUAUUAAUUUUAUUCAGAAUUUUGCCAUCAACUUCUCUUUUGUAAAUAAAAUUGAAAAUGUAAAGGUUUAAAACCCUGUAAUGGUCAAAAUGCCCUUUCCCAAUUGUAUCAGGUUAGAAUUAGUUCCCCUUCAACCCCUUCCCUUUUUCAUUAGAGUUGAUCAGAAUAGUUCUUUUUUUCCAUUUGAUACUCAUUUUGCUGUUCAACUUUCAAGGCUGAUUGUGCUGUAUUGGUUGUUGCUGCUGGUACUGGUGAGUUUGAAGCUGGUAUCUCGAAGAAUGGCCAGACCCGUGAGCAUGCCCUUUUGUCAUAUGUUUUGGGAGUGAAGCAGCUUAUUGUUGCUGUGAACAAGAUGGACACAACUGAGCCCAAGUAUAAUGAGGGGCGUUUUAAUGAAAUUCAAGAGGAAGUCAGACGCUAUGUGAAGAAAGUUGGCUAUAACCCCAAAGCCGUGGUAUUUGUUCCCAUUUCUGGUUUCCAUGGUGAUAACAUGUUGGAACCAAGUGAGAAUGUAUGUAUUUCUUACUGAUCAUUAAUUCUUAAACCCUUUUACCCCUAGGAUGACUAAAAUCUAAUUUCUUCUUAUAAUAUCACCCUUAAAAAAAUCAUUAAGGUAAUGAGAAUGAAGGGGAUGAUCACAAGCUAAAGAAGCUCUUCAUUGUUUGAUGAAUUCUGCUUGUCAGAGCCCUAAGAAAUGUCAAGGGAUUAGUAUGGAGAAUAUGUAUACUGAUGUUAGGGAGUGAAGGGUUAAACUGCCUAUUUUGGGUGAAAGUUGUAGAUGGUUUCUUGUUAACACUGCAGGUUUGUUACUACUGUUACAUUAAAAACUCAGUGAUACUUUAAAGGAAGUCUGUAAGGAUCUCAAAUAGCAUCUUCAUUUGAGGUUAUACCUUUGUUGGUUUUCUUCAAACCUCAGCUAAUGGUGAAUCUGGCCAAAUAUUAAGUUUGAGAGAUCUGUGUUUCUGUCCUGGAUAGAAUAUCUUAAUGCUGCAAUUUCUUACAUUUUGGGGUGUUUUUCUCUAUGGAUUUAGAUGCCAUGGUUCAAGGGAUGGAGCAUUGAGAGAAAAGAAGGAAAUGCUUCCGGGAAAACCCUCUUUAAUGCUUUGGAUGCGAUUUUGCCCCCGGAGAGGCCCACCAAGAAAGCCCUCCGCCUGCCAUUACAGGAUGUUUACAAGAUUGGAGGCAAGUUAUUUCCUCGUUUUGUGCAUGUUUUAUGAUCUAGCAAAGUCAGACUUUUUGCUUUGUCAUAAUCUUCUGCCAUUAAUUUCUUUGACUUUAGACUUUCCCUUAGAUUAGCCUCUAAGGGGUUCCUCUUUUUGGCAGUUGCAUGAAGAUUGUCAUUUCCCAGUGUUUUGGGAAUUGUGACAGAAAAUUUACUACUUUUGCAUGGUGCAAUACAUGAUGCCAACAAAAAACAAAAAUUCUGUCAAAAACUUCUGCAUUAUUGGACCUUUUACUAUUUGGUAUCGGUUACUGGUCUUCUCAAGAUUUUGUCUUUUUUUCUUUCAACGCAUUAAACUUGGAUGAUUUCUUUAACUAAAAGGCUAAAAACAAAAUUUUGAAAUUUUUUGAUUAGAUUUUGUUGAUGGUAAUCCUAACUUUAGGGGUAGUUAGCAUGCAUUUUCUCCUUAUGAUAUCCAUACAUUAUUCAGGAAACACUUAAUGGAAAUUUUCAUUUCAGGUAGUUUUGUAGAAUAGAGCAACACAAUGACUGCUCUUUUUUUCCCUUUUGCUUGAAAAGAAAAAAGAAAAUCAAUUUACAAGCAGGGAAGAUUUUUUUUUGUUGGUCCCAAAAAAACUUUCCCAGUUUUUGUAUGGGUUGUUUUCAUCUUUCUUGUACUACUUAUGCAAUGGAUACAACUCACAGAUAACAACUCCCCAAGCAUUGGAUAUGUUUCACAGAUAAGGCCUAAGGAUGCAUUUCACAAACUUAAUAUGAAAGAAAGAACUUGGAAUUGAAAUGUGGAAUAAUAAAUCUGUUAUUCAAUGGUUCUAAUGGGGAACAUUUUCCUUAUUGCCUUUUUUUUUUCUUUUUUUCCCUCACCCCCUUAGGGGCUCUGGGAAAAAAAUCACAACUUGCCAAUUAUUGUCACAUAUUAUAUAAGCAAAUAAAGGUGUAUAUUUAGAAGACUGGUAGACCACAUAACUUUUUAUUGUUGUAAGUAAGAUGGCUGGCUUUUUUUUCUGGAGAUUCAAAAGGAUAUCUUAAGGCUUAAUUCCAGGGUUUCAGGGGAGAAAAGCAAAUUGUGACCAAAGGAAACGAUGAAGCAUGAGUGUUUUUUAAUGCAAAUCUCACUUCAGCCUCAGACCAUUAAAAUUAAGUUGAAAAUUGAUAAGUCUUACUAUAUGACCCCAAACACACAUUGCCAGUUAACCUGCCAAAUUUUUUUCAAGUUACCAUGUUGACCAAACUGGUCUAAACUAGGAGCCCUGUUCAGAUGAAUAUUUACCUAAUUUGAAAAUGGAAUGUAGCAUUAUCUUAAGUUGUGGCUUGGUGUUAAGCAAUCGUUAAUUUUCAACCCACUCUUAGGUAUUGGAACAGUGCCAGUUGGUAGAGUGGAGACAGGCAUCCUGAAGCCAGGCAUGGUGGUGACAUUUGCUCCUACUGGCCUGAGUACUGAAGUAAAGUCUGUGGAAAUGCACCAUGAAGCUCUAACAGAAGCUCUUCCUGGUGACAAUGUUGGCUUCAAUGUGAAGAACGUGUCAGUAAAGGAAAUAAAACGUGGCAAUGUUGCUGGUGAUACCAAAAAUGAUCCACCAAAACCAACCAAUUCCUUUAAUGCUCAGGUACAGAAUACCGUCAUUCUUUGGAUUAUUUCUCUUCUGUAAGAAGUACUAGUUUUGAGAGUGGUAAACUUGGGACAGAACAGCCUUGUGUUUAUUUUUAGGUAGUUCUGCAAUUUACAUUACAAUUUUAAAGUGUUCUUGCAUCCCUAUGAAAUGUAUAUGUGAAAAAUCCUCAUGAAACUUGUCACAGAUCUUUUGUUCCAGAGACAAAGGUAAUAUCCUAAAAUUGGCUAGCUGUACUUCUUUCCCUUUUAACCCUGUAACCCCUUAGAACGAUCAGCAUCUAAUUUCUCAGUACAAUAUCUCCCCUGAAUAAAACAUUUGGGUUGUAAGAAAAGAAGGUAAUUAUCACCAACUAAAGAAGCUCUUGAUUGUUUGACAAAUACUCCAUGUCAGUUGCAAAGAAAGGGGUAUGGAGAAGAGCCUGAGAAAUAUUGAUGCUGAUGUUGAAGGGUGUUGAGUGGUAAGGGUCAUUUUUGUCCCAUUGUCCAUGCGGUUUCUCCCAUCAAGGCAGUGCGUUUUAACGUUAACUUUUUGUUCCAUAUUGGUAGGUCAUUGUCCUUAACCACCCAGGAGAAAUUCAUGCAGGCUACAGUCCAGUGCUGGAUUGCCAUACUGCCCAUAUUGCUUGCAAAUUUGCAGAACUGCUUGAGAAGAUUGAUCGUCGUUCCGGCAAGAAGUUGGAAGACAACCCCAAAAUGAUCAAGUCAGGAGAUGCCUCCAUAGUUAAGAUGAUACCAUCUAAGCCUAUGUGUGUGGAAAAAUUCUCAGAUUAUGCUCCGCUGGGACGCUUUGCUGUACGUGACAUGAAGCAGACAGUGGCUGUAGGCGUCAUCAAGGAUGUGGAUAAGAGCGAAGUCGCUGGCAAAGUGACAAAGGCAGCUCAAAAAGCUACCGGCAAGAAAAAAUGAAAUUCAGUACACCAUCUCAAUUGCAAAAGACUUCUCCGCUUACAAGUCAAUCAUGC